AUGGCCAGCCAGAUUGCCGAGUCAAAUGGUGAAUUUUGCUUUGAUCUUUUCCGUGAGCUGAGUCACCCAAAUGUAGAUGCAAAUGUAUUAUUUUCUCCAUUCAGCAUUGUAUCUGCUCUGGCCAUGGUAUACCUUGGUGCAAGGGGCCAAACUGCAUCUCAGGUACAAAAGGUCCUUCAUUUUGACAAAUUUACAGAAUAUAAAAACCCCAAACUGCCUCCGCCCCAGCAGCCUAACCGUGUCCAUUCUGCAUUAGGAGGAGUUCUCUCGCAAAUCAGAGCACUCAACGCUAAUUACACUCUGAGCAUUGCCAACAGACUCUAUGUUGAGCAAUCCUACCCCAUUCUUCCGAAAUAUUUAAAAUGUACUAAGGAACUGUACAGAGCAGGUGUGGAAAAAGUUGACUUUCAACAAUCUUUUGAACAAACAAGACUGGCAAUUAAUGCCUGGGUGGAAAGUCAAACCAAUGGCUUGAUCAAAGAUAUGUUUGCUUCUGGAUCUCUUACUUCCAGAACCAUCCUGGCUUUAGUUAAUGCCAUUUACUUCAAAGGAAAGUGGAAGUAUGAAUUUAAAACACAAGAAACAAAAGAAAUGAUUUUUAUGGUGAAUGAGAAAGUGAACAAAACUGUACAGAUGAUGCACCAGGCCUCCAAUUUAAAUUUUGCAUCCAUAGAGAAGUCCAAAGUUCUAAUUCUUGAACUUCCUUAUGCUAGCAAUGAAAUGAGUAUGAUCCUACUUCUUCCAAAAAACCAUGUUGGCCUACGACAGCUUCAAAGUUUAAUCACCUACCAAAAGUUAGCAAAAUGGAUGAAUUCAAUGAAAAAAAUAAAAGUGGAAGUAUAUAUGCCCCGGCUGAAGAUGGAAGAGAAAUAUAGUCUGACAGGCAUUCUAGGAGACCUGGGCAUAACAGAUCUCUUUGCACCAAUGGCCAAUCUCUCAGGCAUAUCCACUGCAGGAGGCCUGGAUGUGUCAGAUGUCGUUCAUAAGUCUUAUGUGGAAGUUAAUGAAGAAGGCACUGAGGCAGCUGCUGCUACUGGGAUACAGACUCGUCUCACCUCUUAUAUUGUUGUAAAACCUGUUGUAUUCAGAGCUGAUCAUCCCUUCCUCUUCUUUAUCAUUGACAAAAAUACCAACCUGAUUCUCUUUUUGGGUAAAGUCUCCUAUCCUUAA